AUGAGGCCUCUGGGUGCCCCGGCCGUUUUUGUUGACAACAUUCUGGUGCGAAGAAGUGUAGAAGAGAAGAAGAAAUCGUUCUGUGUAUGUGAUUCCGAGUGGAGGAGCUCCGUCAGCACACUGAUCGGGUGGGGGGUCUCGCGUAGAAGAGAAGAGGAGAGAGGACUCCACUCCGAUUCGACGACAGCACAACGCACGACAAACAACACGGUUGUGUGGAAGGUGCACACGAGCUCACGGAGGCUCGGCCCCGGAGCUGUUCUCACUUUACUCAUUGUGGGUCUUUGUGUCCUCUGA